CAGUGCAACGUUGUUACAAUAGAUGCUUCACGAUACACAUUCAGUUGGUUCACAGCUAAUACAUUUACUUUAAUGUUGCAACAUAUGACAGUGGACAUCUGAGAUAGCCUACACCGAUGUCGUUUUCAGUAGGCCUAGACUUAGUGUUAGAACAGUGUAAUGUGAUUCUAGCUAACAUUACAGCACACCGAUGCAAGCAACUAACGAACGGUAGCCUAUCGUUAAACAAGCUAUAGGCUACGAUGUUGAAUUUUCGUAGAUCUGUGGUCGAUCUGCUUGCGAAUUCGGCAGUGAAAAGAGCUUAGGCUAGGCUACUCGACAACAGCGUGCAAACCUUUACAAAUAUUCAUUCCAAAUCUACACAUCACAUGCAUGAUGUCAAAUUCAAUAGAUAUUCACACUCAGUUAGCCUCUAUUAUGGAAGUCUUUGCCAAAUCAGCACUAGCUGAGAUGAGCAAAGUAAUUGACAACGACUCGUCUGUUUUACGGCAAGAGAUAUCCCGACGAGAAAGGGAAAUUGAGGCACUCUGGAGGCGACUGCAGCUGACGGAAAAUGAGUUGAAAACGGCGCGACAAGCUCCAGCACAAGAAAAAAAGUCUACUGUCAACUUGCGUUCAGUGGGAAUCCAAGUGACUAAUGGGGCUCCGCGUGAACAAGUUGGUGUCUCAAGCUGGGCUGGUCCAGCUAUGACCGAGAGAGGCCCUGCAGCCGAGUGGAAAGAUGCGAUUGUGCACUCAUUCUCUCUUGAGGUGGAUGUGGAGGAGGAGGACGAUGAGGAAGAUGACGAGCAAGGGCCUUUUCAGAUCAAAGAGGAGAAGUCUGAAGAGGAGCCAUGGAACAAGGCCGACGGAGGUGCUGCAGUAGAUGGAGAAGACUGCUGGGAGGAGGAGAUAGACACAACAAGCACACCUGGAGAAGAGGUCUUGGGUCAGCGUGCCCCUGCUGACCCGAAGCUCUACGGCGCUUGGGAGGACUGCAGCACCGACCAGGACGCCGGCCUGACUGCAGACCACCAGGAGGAGGCUCCGGCAUCCUCGCUGCCCAUGCCUCAUCUCCAUCAGCAGCCACACCCCCUGUCCCACCCCACGCUGGCACAUGUGCUCCCGCGAGACCAGCACUGCCUCCUCUCCUCCCACCAUCAGGACCCUCCUCCUCCCAUCCCACCCCUCCAGCAUCGCCACUGUGAUGUCACCAGCGGUUAUGGCCCAGCCGAGCACCCGCCUGCGUCCAUGGGCGUCGGCGCCGGUGGGGAACCCGUGGAGGGCCGCGACGGGGGCAAGAGGUCGCGGUGCGGCCAGUGCGGCAAGACGUUCACCACGCACUUCUACCUGAAGAUUCACCAGCGGAUCCACACUGGGGAGCGGCCCUUCACCUGCACGGCCUGUGGCAAGCGCUUCUACUGCACGUCACACCUCAUCUCCCACCAGCGCUGCCACACGGGCGAGAAGCCUUACAGCUGCCUGGAGUGUGGCAAGGCCUACUCCCACCUGAACUCCCUCAAGCUGCACCAGCGCAGCCACGCUGAGGAGGGCGGCCUGGGCUAUGCCUGAGGGCAAAGACCUGGCCUGGCAUCCGGCACGGCAUGGCACGGCUCCAACUCCGAUGGUGAGGGUGGCCUGUAGAAAGAGAGGAUGGGGGCUUGUUCGGUAAGAGGCAAGUGGGGGGUAUUUUGGUGUGUGAUACUGUACCAAUGGUUCAUUCUGAAGCCAUGCCCAAUACCGAGCCCUUUUUCUCGGGUGAAUGGUGUGGGUACUGGGGGAGGGUGAUGGAGGACAUGGGCUUAGGGUGGGGUUGUGGGUGUUUGGGGCUGUUUUGUGUGUAACCAGCAGCCCCUAUACUGGUCGUCAGACACCAGCUGCCCCCAAAACCCCCAACCCCCACGCCACAGUAAGAUGACCUCAAGCUGAUGCACGAGGCUGAAUGUGUCGAGUCAAAAUGGGGGUGAACAGCUGGGGCUCAGGACACUUUCAUUUUGUGUGUGUGUGUGUGUGUGUGUGUGUGUGUGUGUGUGUGUGUGUGUGUGUGUGUGUGUGUGUGUGUGUGUGUGUGUGUGUGUGUGUGUGUGUGUGUGUGUGUGUGUGUGUGUGUGUGUGUGUGUGUGUGUGUGUGUGUGUGUGUGAGAGAGAGAGAGACUAUUUGUAAACUGCAUGUUUGUAUAUGUGUGUAUGUGUGUGCAUGCUGUUAAUGUCUGUCAGACCAAGAGAGCACAACCACAGCAGUCCACUGCUAAAGAAAGACAAGAAAGACACUUUGAAGCUUCCAAACUAUGUGAAAUACAGACCCUGACUGUUCAGAUAAGAUAGAGAUGACUGUCACUGUGGGAUGACCCUGGACCAACAAGCUUUGAACACAAAAUUGAAUUCCUGUGGGUGUUGCAAGUGUUGACAUCCCCUGAAUGCCCGAGGUGUUCCCAGAUGCUUUAUGCAUAAAGAUGAAGAAAAAGCUGUGCUUACUGUCCCAUUCAUUUAAUUACACAAAAUGUUGAAUUAAAUAAACA